AUGAAUUUACCAAGACUGGCAGAAUUGGAGAGACACGAGUUUGUAUCGAGCGACGACCAGAUGGAAACGUCUCAGGACGAAAAAGUUUCGUCUCCAACGACAACAACGAAAGAAAACACACCGACGUCGCCUAUGCCGUGGACGUUCAGCGGACCUUUGUCACCGACCGGGAAGCGGUCCGUUGCGUCUUCACUGUUGCUCUCACAGAACCGGCGAUCGUUGGCUGCACGAAAGCUACCCAAAGUCCGUAUCCAACUGUGUACGGCCAUCACGAACCCCGGCUGCAACAGCAUCAUCAGCUCUCCCACGCGUUCCUCCUUGAGCCCUAUUGAAAGUAACUCGACCGCAGGACGGUCGGCUUUUCUUUCUAAUGGCCUGAACGGUGUCCCUGUGAGCCCCGCCGCAGAGACGCCGUUCAUUCGCUCGCUUUCCGGCGCGAACCGGCCCUACCCAAAUGGGCCUGUAUGCAUAUACUCGUCCAACGUAUACCUUUACGCAGAGCCGACGCUUGCGAUUGUGCAGACGUUCGAUGUGGUUUUGAACGUAGCCAAGGAGGUGCUGAGCCCUUUUCCCACAGACGGACAGGUUGUUCGUGAUGAGCGGACGCACUUGGACGUUCGCCAGUUUGGAAACGUCAAAUAUGUGCAUGUGCCUUGGGAACACCACUCUACCUUCCCCCAAAACUUUGAUCGUCUUAUAGACUUUCUCGUACAUCAUGCCGUGUUUCUCAACCGGCGUGUCCUUAUCCAUUGCCAGCUCGGUGUGUCGAGGAGUGCAUGUUUGGUGAUCGCGUUUGUUAUGCGGACCCUUGGUCUCCCGUUGUCGGAAGCUUACGACUAUGUGAAGCAGCGGUCGCCCUGGAUAGGGCCCAAUCUGUCUCUCAUAUUCCAACUGUCCGAAUACCAGCACAACACACUCGGGGGCCGUCCACGGUAUACGAAUCGGUGCAUCACAUCGGGUGUCUCUUCGCACUGCCGCUCCUCCUCCUUCCAUCCGCCGGCAGUCGCGGCAACAGCAGCAACGGCGGCAGCAAUUGUUGCUACUGUUCCCAAUUCUACUUCUCCCUCACCUUCCCCGCCGUCAUCCAAGUCGGUCGCCGUUGUGCACGACGCUCUCCCUCCCAUUCAUCCCCAGUCGGCUACCUUUCCGCUCUCCUCUAAUCCACCUCUGCCCGAACUGCUCCUCCGGCCAAAGACCACGCCGUGUAUUCGCUACAACUAUCCUUAG